CUUAACCACUCCCAUAAAUCGGAUGUUACUAUGGGAAUAGACGGCAUUGCGCAAUGGGCUGCAAUAGCAUCCCUAGACUGUUAGUAAUGUUGUCUAUUCUUAGUACGCCGGUGUUUGCGAAUGAGUGGUUUACAUUAAGAUUUGAGUUGAAAUCAUAAAGGAUCCUCUAUGUUGAAAUGUUUAGUCCUAUGAAUGUAGUAAAUGGGUAGUAAGUGUAUACGCAUUGCUUAAUCGGGAAUAACACCAAUAUUGUGUAUGCACCGUUUCUUAUAUCAUAUAUACGCAUAACUUAUAUGUACGUGGUAUACUAAUUGCCCAUCACUUGGAUUUGGUUUUACAGUUCAAGACUGUAAGGACACAUCUUGCCACAAAGUUUUGAGGGGGAUCAUUUGGUGGUCCUUUGCGGUGAAUAGAUUCAUGGGAAGUGUAGUGUGCAUUUAUGAGAGGUAUUCGCGACAGUGCUGCAAUCAGGAAUAAUGAAAACUACAAGUACCAGAUGUUAACCCGGGGUCCUCUAACAGAGGUGCAACAACUUCAUGAUCAAUCCCCGAUGUUCUUCUGUGAUUGCCGACCUGUUAUUUAACUCGUGGAGCACGGAUUGUCUCUCAAGCAACAUUACAACGUGAACAUCGCUGCUCGGUAUGUCGGGGAGUGAUGAGGCGAGUGAGUCGGAGCAGCUGGGCUCCAGUCUGUCGGUGUGGCUGCGGGAGAGCAGUGGUGCGCUCAUCCGGCCCGAGGAGUUGAACGUGCCGCUUGACCUCCACACCGCUUGCUCCAUCGGACAGUACGACGUGGUGUCAGAAUGCAUCCGCAGUGGUGAGGUGGAUCUGGACCAUAGGAACCUGGGUGGCUGGACUCCCCUGAUGUACGCCGCGUACAUCGGCCAUGACAACAUCGCUCGUCUGCUGCUGGAGAACGGCGUGAGCGUGAACGCCCCCACCUCCAAAGGCCUCACCCCACUCAUGCUGGCGGCCAGCUGUGGCAACGAGAGCAUCGCUAACUUUCUACUGCAGCGAGGGGCGGAGCUUGAGCGUAAGGAUGCACGUGGUUGGACAGCACUCAUGCACAGCACCGGCACUGGCCACCAGCAGAUGGUCAAGUUGCUAUUGGACAACAACGCCAACGCCAACGUCAAGGAGCCAGGGUCAGGGUUCACGCCCCUGAUGGAGGCGGCUGCUGCGGGCCAUGAGAUCAUCGUUCAGUACCUGCUGGACCGGGGAGUCAGAGUGGAUGAGAGGAACUCUAAGGGAGAGACAGCCAGAGUGCUGGCGAUGCUGUUCGGCCACACCAAGAUAGCAAGCCUCAUUGACAAACACUUACUCAGAGUAAAAGGAGGUGGGCAGGAGGAGUUCAGCUCUUCAGAGGAGGACAGCGGCGUUUCUCCUCGGGCACGCUCUGGGCGCCCCAGGCCCCGCGGAGGACCCAGCAUCCACGACGGGCCGCAGCACAUCGCCCUGUUCCGUGUCGGGAGCACGGGGACCGCUCGAAACAACGAGCCUGCCGCAGCCCCGCCUGGCUACAUGACAUUCCGAGAGGGAAGUGAGACCAGUGAUGACAUCUGCAACCGGGAUGUCACCUCCCCCAUCAAUGAGCUGGACGGACAGAGCAACAGCAGCAGAGACGAGUUCUUCGAUAACGACAUGCCCACCAUGCGCAGCAACAGCAGCAGCAGCAGCGAGUGCCUGCCCCGCCUCCUGGGCCUCAGCAGAGAGGCCUCGCUGGAGAGCAACGAGGACUCUGAUCAGGCUAAGAGGAGUUGUCCUCGGAGACCAAACAAACCGCACCAUCACUCCAAGGGCAAGAGUCGUCAUGGCAACAGCGAGGCAGCACACCCUAGCGACUCAGGAAACCGCCCACCCGCCUACCCACCAUCAUACACAGGCCCUAAGGACCUGGCUGAGUUUCUGGAGCAGAUUGGCUUUAGUAAGUACAAGGCCCUUCUGGAGGAGCAGGACAUCGACCUCCGGAUUUUCCUCACACUCACAGAGAAUGACCUCAAGGAAGUGGGUGUCACGCUCUUCGGGCCAAAGCGGAAGAUGACGUCGGCGAUUGCCCGUUGGCAUAGUAACGCACGGCCGCCCAGCGAUGCUCUGGAGCAGUCUUACGCUGACCAGCUGGAGGCCGAGAUGCAGGAGAUGGCUAUACAACUACACAAGCGUUGUAUGGAGGCGGAGGCUUUGCAGGGCCAGGUAGCGCAGGAGAAGGAGCUGCGGGGCGUGAUGGAGGGGUGCCUGAUGGAGGAGAAGAUGGCCUGGAGGGGAGUGCACACUCACCUGCAGGACGACCGCCGGCGCACCGCCGACAUUGCAGACACACUCAACACACUCCGCGCCUGCCACACGCAGCUACGGGCACAGCUCAGCACGGUAGACAGGACAGGUGUGUACAGUUGCAGUGAAGUGUUAUCGAAGAUGGAGACAUGCCAAGAGGAACUUGCUCACAAGCUUCAGGCGUUGUCGCAGAGUCUUGAGCGUCUCUGUGCAGAAAGACCAGGAAACUUGGAGGAGUCUUAGCAGCAGGACUGCAUUCAAAACCUACAGCAUGACAUCCAGAAACACGAGAAGGAAGCGAGUGAUACAGCGAAGCCAAAGAUCGAGAUGAAGAAUGAAGGAGUGGCAUGGCCAUCUGCAAAGAUGGACACAUAAGGACUGAGAAAGAGAAUGAGUGGGACGGUAAUCAAUGACAACCAGGUAGAGGACUUUCUUGCCCUCUUGCACCUGUGCACUUUAUGUUAAAUGGGAUGAUGGACCAAUCACAGUGAAGAAGGCCACACCUUGGACAUGUUGACCAAUAACAACGAAGACCACACAUGUGAAAUGUUGAGGAGACCAGCAAUCACAUCAAAGCCUCACAGAGGUGAAAGUUACUGGGUGGAAUAAUGUAGAAUUUUUAUGAGAAACGUGAGGUUAAUGGUUACAAAACAACACACAGACACACACACACACAUAUUGGGAAGGUGGUCUCAAGUAGUUUUUGUAGUUACUGACUCAGACAGGUAAACCUCAAAGUAGUAUAACCCUUUUGUUUCAUUGCUCUUUCCAAAUUGAGACUUAAUGGCUUCUGUAUACGGAAGAACACUACAUGGUCACUGAGUACAUUGUUUUUAGUAGAGGCUACAGUGUGGUCAACCUCAUGAACUGUGUUUUUAACUAUGUUGUAAUUAAUAAUUGUAAUAAUGUAGAGUAAUAUGUUCUCUGACCUAAGUAUGUGAACAGUUUCUAUGAAAUGUAAUAUGGACUUGUGGGGACUGAAGUAGAAUGAUUUAACGAUUAAACCAUAUGGUGAAUUUGA